GCGUAAACGCCUUCACAACGAUGUCGAAAGACUUUGACAACACCGAAGACGGCGCCGCAGGUCUUUGUCUCACCAUCAAGUAUUGUUGUUGGCAGAACAGGGAAGACCCACAGAACGGGUUCAACGUUGGCCUAGGAAUCGCAAAACUCUAGGAAUACCACCACCAAACGACGAGGAAGAUGGCGCCCUCGCAGCCCAUGCCGCUUCCUGAGCCUAUGAACGCAACCCCACACCACUCAAAGGUCAAGGUCUCGAUAACACUAGCCGACCCCAUUUUCGUUGCGGGGGACUAUGUUGCAGGAAAGAUGGAGUUGGAAUGCAGGGCUGAUAAAGGGUUGGGCGUUGGCGUUAUUCUCGUCGAGCUGUUUGCAAUCCAAGAACUGAAUUCUCGAGAUCACUCGGCUACUUCGACUUUCCUACACAGCCGACGUCUGUUCCAAGGGCCAGGCCUGCCACCGUCGAAUGCUGUCCAUGCGCAUCCUCAGCCAGGUUACCCCGUACUACCCCCAACCUACUACCAAGCUCGACGAGGCCUGUCUACAUUCUUGUUCCGGAUCCCCAUUCCAGAAACUUCGCCAUCAUCCAUCAUCUUUGGCUCAGGUUUGGGCAGAGUACGCUAUGAGCUCCGUGCAAGCGUUGGCGUGGUAUGGAAGGGAGAGCGUAGGCUCGUUAUCGACACCCAGUCGCUCGACGUCGUCUCAGCUUUCCCUCAUGAACUCAUUGGCGUCAAGGAGCCGGAAGCAGUCAUCAUUGGCGAGAAUGGAAAGCUAUGGAUGCAGGGGAAGUUGGUUGGACCAGUCAUCAUCGCAGGGGAGAGCGCGUGUAUUGAGUUACAAGUGAAGAAUCACUCUAAUAAGAAGAACACUGGUUUAUCCUUGUCUUUGAACCGGACGUUGGUUCUUCCUGGCAGCAUAGGUGUUGGGAAACAGGCCAUGGAACUGACGGAUACACUCACUCAUGUUCCUUUCCGUGGUGCGGAAUACAUCAUUCCCCCAGGUGCAGAGGGUGUGGCCCACCUCGUUUUCGAUGUGCCAAAGCAGUCAAGAGGGGUCAGGGGCGGUAUUCUUGAUGGCGAUGACACUGACCCACCUCGAAGCACUGAAUCCCUCUUCGAAAUCCGUUGUUCCGUUGACGUCAAGAUGUCAAUGGGGUUCGGAAAUAAGGACCUUGUCCUUAGCAUCCCAGUCACAAUUGUACACCCAAGGGCUGUACCGCCGAACUUGCCCCUCCAUUCACAGCCUAUGCCUGUUAUUCCCUAUCCACCACCUCAGAACGUUUAUGCCAAUGUUGCACCAGUCUACCCACCGCCACAUCCUAUGACACCGCCAGUCCAUUCAUUACCUCCAUUCCUGGUCGAUCAUCAACAGAAUCAAGUCUGGUUGCCCCCACCUACGCCUAUACCCUUUCAAGGAUAUGCAGCCUACUCGCCACAACAUCAUCCUCACCAAUACCUUGUAUCUCCUGCACCGCAAGCCGUUCUGGUCCCGCCAAGCCACUACGGGCCAUGCAUCGCUCGACCAGUGAGCGCCGGAGGAAACGUUUCUGUUCCCGAUCCAUACAUGCUCCCAGCCUCCGGUCUCCCACUUACCUAUACCGGUAAUGCAGCAGUCAAUGGGCUCCCUUCCCCUACUGGUGCUGGUAACACCAGCAUACACAUGGAUGCUGAAGAAGGGAAGGGUCAACGUGCUUCUAGGAUUGCCCACCACCUGCGAAUGUCCUCACGGACACGUUCGGUCUCGCCACAAUCCCACCGAUUCCCGCUUGGGGCGCCAGUUAUCGAUUCUUUCGAACCAUCGACGCCAUUGCAAGACCCUGUAUCCGGGCGUCUACGUCAACUUCCUCAACCGCCCAGGACUUCAUCUGAGGUCGCUUUAGACAGGGUGGCCAACUUAUCGCUGUCCCCACCUCAGCGGCACGUCCACACCAUGGUUCACUCGCCCCGACCCCAGCUUACCCCGAAGCAUUCCUUCUACAACGAACGUCCGAAGAGCGAGAGGGUGGAAGUAUUAGAGAGGAUGGCCGAUGUUGUUGCUGCACAGCUCAAUGAUCUUUCUGGUGACAUUCCCAAGGACGACGUGAUUCAUGCCGCCAUGCCUGGUCCUGAUGGAAAGGACAAAUCAAAGGAGGCGGAGCUCAACAAGACCCUACCAGCUCCUCCAGUUCCUAGCCAGAAGCCUACCGCUGUCGCGUCCCCGCCAACUCGAGCGCCUUUGGAUAGUCUCUUCGAAGAUCCUAAACCCAAGUCUGCUCCGCUCCUAGAGCCCUCUGAUAAGGCCCCGCCCACGCCGACUCUAACUGCAAUAUUACCCAAGCGAGUUCCUCGGAGUAACAUCAACGACUUCCUCGCUCCCGACAACAGGGAAAGCGGUUUGGACGCUCUGGAAAGGCGGCUGCUCGCAGAAGUUGGGACACGGAAAUUCGACGAGAUGAAUCCUCACAAGGGCGACGACAAGCGACCAGGCAUUCGCGAUAUCAUGGGUGUUGGGCCAAUCGAUAUCCCCGUCAAGGCCAAGAGCCCUGAACCCUUGAACGACUCGGCCAUUUCGAGCUUGACGCUGGCUAACGACCAUCGGUCCGCUGAUGGUGACAAUGACGCUGCGGCGGAACAGGAUGACAAGGCUGAUUCGGAUUUGGAUGUAGAAGCCAAGACGCAUAGGGGGGCGAGGUCGAGGAGCGUCUCUGGGGACGAGCGGGGGAAGACGAUGAAGAGGGUACCGGUGGAGAAGGUUCAUCUCGAGGACGAUGCUCUUUGGGGUGUUCGAAGUAUCCACCGGCGUGAGGAAGCGGAUACGGCUCCGGCUGCGUCGACGCCAACCAAGCUGUCUGCUGGGAGUGGGAAGAGCAAGGACAAGGACAGGGAGAAGAAGGCCUCGGGGAGGAAGAAAGAUCGGGCCACCAAGGAGGAGAGGGCGAGGACAAAGACAGAGGCGAAGGGUCGUGUUGCAGCCUGGCUUGGUGGCAUUGUGCCUGACGAACCGCCUCAGGAGGAAAGCAUUCCUCCAAGUCCCAGCAUCGCUCGGCGACCUGAUUCAGUCUUGCGGGAAGCCAAAUCGACUGAGUUGCUUCCCAAUGAGGACAACGGCAAGGCAUUUGCUGGUCUACCAUCGCCAACUCUUCCACCCGUGUCUGCUGGUCAGGAUGGCGCGCUCAAGGAGAAAGAUGUUUCCUCCGCUCCUAACCCGCGUUCGUCUGGAUUCAUGCCGAUGCACACACUGAAACGGCAGCAACCUGUGAUAGAGAGGGAGAUGGCAGCUGUCGAGGAGGCGAAGAAGGUGGCUGACAUUUGGGGUGAAUCUUUGGGGACGAAUGAUCGCACUCCUGUUCCUCCAUCCAAACCUGCUCUACCGCCUAAACCUCUUGUGUCACUACCUCCUAAAGUGGUUCCUCAGUCUGUGCGGACUGACAGACGGGUAUCUCCGCCUUCCAGGAAGCCCGAGUUCGCGUCCGACAAGUCCAUAGCCAGGGACGAAAGCAAGCCCUUGAACGAUGUGGCGCCCAGGAACGGCUGGAAACUUCCCGAUCCGACACCAGCUGUCAAUACGGCUGCGACCACAAAGGCUAAAGCUACUUCGCCGCCACCUCCGCCUGCCAAACCCACUAACAUUAACGUCACGCGAAAGCCAUCUGCUCGAUUACCUCAAUUCCCGCCUUUGCCUGCCCGUAAACCUGAUCCGGAGGUUUCUUAUGAUGUUCGGUCUGCACGUGGGGGACGAGGGGGGCAGGUUACAUCUGUUGCUGCUUUGUGGGCUUCGGUUGCAGCCAACAACGGUGCUGCAAGUGGACCUCCCAUCAAGCCGAAACCUGAUGCCCUUGGUGGAAAACGCCUGUCGUCUGACCCUAGCCGUAAACCAGCAUCAACGACUGGACAGCAACCUCCCCGUCUUCCUGGCAAGAUCGCCUUACCGGGACUAGCAAAGGCCGAUUCGUCUGCUUCGACAGAUGCGAAGUCUCCACCGGUGCUUAAGCGACAAGUCUCUGCGCCCAAGCCUACGGUUCCGUCUGAUGAACCAUCUUCCAAGGCAGGACCUAUACCCGUGUCAAAGGUGGCUUCUUCAUCGGCGGUGAAGGUCGAGUCGUCAUCAGGGGGACCUACCAUCCCUUCACGCAGCAAGUCUACAGAAUUCACCAGGAAUCCUCCGACACGAGGGCUUUUCACGGGAGAUCUCAAAUCUCGAACCCCGGGUAAAACCACGCCCAACAAUCUUUCAACGCCUUCAGCAGGCGGCUCAUCGGAACCAAGGCUGUUGGUGGCAGCAGUUGGAGGUGCAGGGCCGAAGACCAACGCGAAACCUAUCAUCAAGUCUACAUCCGUCCCUGCCGUGAUUUCCUCUUCGCAUGCUGUCCCUGUUCUAUCUUCGACGGCUUCAUUAGCACGUCCUGCUGCGACACCCCGUCUUACGGCAGGCGUAGCCAAUCGGUCCCCAGAUAAACCGAAGACAGAUCGAACAGCGGUGAUACCGUCAAUAGUCACUGCCAAGUUGGGGUCGGUACCUGCACCAUCCCAUUCGUCGAGUGCGGCGCCCAAGUCACCACCACCUGACCUUGCGUUUGGGCAAGCGCGACUGAGGGAUCUGAUCAAGAAGUAUCAAUCGCAAGCGACCUGA